UCCUACAGUACACUGUGUAUAGUUGGAUUUUAGAGACGAGGGUCGUUAUACGUUAAAAGUUUGGUGAUGUAUGUUUACCUUCGUUUUCAGUUAUUUGGAAUACUAUUUUAAUUAAGGUUUUGAUGGACUAGAUGUGUGCACUGGUGUCGAGUAGAUGUUGUGAAGACGUGUAGUCAGGAUGAGUAACUCAUCCAACAUGAUCAAGAUUACAAACUUUUGUUACUUUCUGCUAGUGCUACAUGGUUUAUCAUCUGUGGCUGUAUGUAAGCAGACAAACUAUAUAGUAACAACGUUCCCUAACCCACGUCCUCAGGAAACCUUUAUCAACAUGGUGCGAGACGUUGGUAGUGGAAAGCUCUUCGUCGCUGCAGUCAACAAUAUGUACAAGUUUUCCUCCGAUUUAAUAUUAGAGCAAGAAUCCGUAACCGGCCCGAAGAAGGAUAAUCCGGAUUGUGUGCCGCCAACAACAGGCUCCUUCCAUUGUAGAUUUGAACUAACUCUAAGGGAGAAUUACAACAAAGCAUUAGUUAUCAUGGAUAGCUCAAUCGAAACUGAAAAGCGACUUAUAUCCUGUUCUACUCUUUUUCACGGAUACUGUGAGAAGCGAUGGCUGUCCAAUAUUAGUCGGAUGGAUGACAUAGUUUACAAACCAGUGGUGGCAAACAAUCGUACAGCUACAACAGUAGUGUUCAUCGGCCCUGGACCCACCAAGAACAACAUGAUGUCCAAUGCUGUGUAUGUAGGAGCAUCAUGGACCAACACCGGCCAGAGUGGGGUACGCGACUUGGUCAAGGCUUUUAGCAGGCGGCGUCUGGACAAUUUCAGAUUGAGUUGGGAUACUAUUCAGGGCCAAUCUGGUAAAGCUAUAGAGCAGCUUCAUCGUCAGUCCUUCCCUAUCUAUUACAUAUAUGGCGUUUCCACCGACGUGUUUAGCUAUGUUGUCACUGUCCAAAAAUCUAGCACUGCAUCCAAGGCCCAGUUUAUAUCCAAGCUGAUUCGUGUUUGUAAUGAAGAUGAAAAAUUCCGUUCGUAUACGGAAGUGGAGUUACAGUGUAAUCACAAUGGUGUAACUUACAAUCUUGCACAAGCCAUGUACCUAUUUAAACCUGGGACAGUCCUGGCUGAGGCCCUGGAGGUCAACUUGACGGAAGAUGUGCUGAUUGGCGUGUUUUCCAGGGGUUCCCCAUACCAAGCCACGUCUAACGUCAGAGAGUCUGCCUUGUGUAUAUUUCCUAUGAAGGAAGUCCGCAGAAUGUUCACCGAAAAUAUACGCAAGUGUUUCAAUGGCACUGGGAUGACUGGACCAGAUUAUAUUGUUAAACCAAUCAAGUGCUCAAGUUCGCCUUACCUCAAAGAUAUAGACGAUGGUUACUGUGGAACACAGGAUUUCAACACGCCAAUUAACGGCCAGGAUCCAAUCACGGCCAAUGCUGCCCUUGUCAUCAAUAAGUCAAUAACUACUAUCAUCGCGACAACUACCCACAGAUACACGGUCGCCUUCCUGGGUACCCAAGAUGGUCAUGUAAUGAAGGUCUCCAUAUCAGCACAAGAAGUUGCUGAGGCAUACGAAGAGGUGGUGAUCGAGGAGGGAAACUCUAUCAGAAAGAACAUGUACUUUGACACUGACCAGCGCCACCUAUACGCCUUCACCGACACAAUGAUCUACAAGAUGGUAGUAAAGGACUGCAGCCAGUACAAGACAUGUGAUACCUGUCUGGGUAGGAGGGAUCCCUACUGUGGCUGGUGUUCUCUGGAGGACAAGUGCAGUGUCGUGUCCGAGUGUAAGAACCAUGACCAUGACCUCCACUGGCUGGAGUACAGUGAUCAGACCUGUCCAAACAUUUCCCAGGUGUUCCCAGACAAGAUCCAGAGAGACUACUCCAAAACAACCAGAUUGACUUUGAGCAUUUCAAACCUUCCAAUGUUCAAUGGAAAUUUUAAGUGUGCCUUUAUCAGAGGGAAUGCCAGAUUGAUGACACCUGCCAACCUGACCCAUACCACCAAAGUGAUCACCUGUAACACUCCACCCUCCAACAGGAUACCUCAAUUCCCACCUGGAGCAGAUCAUGUGGUGAUGCAGUUGUCCGUCCUGAUGAAUAAUACAGAAUUUGUGUCCACCAAUUUUACCAUUUUUGACUGUGAAGUCCAUACAAAAGAUGCGUGUUACAAAUGUACUGCCAGUAAUUUCAACUGCACCUGGUGUAUUCAGAACCACAUCUGUACCAACACACCUCUGGAGGACUGCAGCACCAAUGAUAAAUUUAUCUCCGGCUCCAAGAGCGAGGGGUUGACACUACCAAACGAACCAGGACCAAACUACUGUCCAACCUUCAUCUCUAAGCAGGUUCCUCUUACUGAGGACAUUCCCAAGAUCUUAGUGCCUUCUGGUACCUCCAAAAAAGUCUAUCUCAUCGGCAAGAACAUCAAGGACUUUCAGAGGCCACUUCACUGUGUGUUCAGCCUAGGAGGGGAGGAACAGCGAGUGUUAGCCAUGGUAACAGAUCUGACCACUGGGAUCAAGGUUAUCGAGUGUACCAACUUUUAUUUCUAUUACCCUGACAACGUGAGCUACCUCAAUGUUCCACUGAAGGUUGAGUGGGGAGCCAGUCAUAAACCUCUGGACAACCCUAGUCACCUCCAAAUUAAGAUGUAUAAGUGCGAGAAGAUGGCUGGUUCGUGUGGGGAGUGCCUGGUGAUGGACUCUGGCUAUAACUGUGGUUGGUGUGACAGUGACAAGGCUAGCAAUAAAGUCUGCAGCAUACAGAAGAACUGUCCAGUAGUCAACAACUGGCUAUCUUCCAUGGCAACCUGUCCAAAUCCAAAGAUCCUCAAGAUCCGUCCUCUGACUGGUCCGAAGGCCGGAGGAACAGAGCUGACCAUAGACGGUCUGGACUUGGGCAAGACUUUUGAUGAUAUUGUCAGUAAUGUGGAUGUGUUUGGGAUACAGUGUCUGCCAAUCCGUGACAAGUAUAUCCCAGCUGUGAGGAUAGUAUGUCGGACAGAUAUAUUUCACAACAAAGACAGAAUAACUGGUCCAGUCCGUGUGACAGUCAACAGUAUGUACCCAUCUGAGUCCAAGGAGCACUUUACUUAUGUGGACCCUGUGAUUGAGAGUAUCCAACCCAGUCAUGGUCCUCAGGCCGGUGGUACCCGUGUCACCAUCAAUGGACAGUACAUGAACGCUGGUACCAACAUCACCGCAUACAUAGGGGGACGGAUCUGUUCAUCACAUAGAGAGAGUAAAUCAACCAACCAGUUUGUGUGUGUUACCCCACGUUCCUUAGAGGUCACACGUGCUGCAAAGGUCAAAAUGUGGUUUGACAAACAGCUCGUUACAAGUGAUCAGUUCUUCAACUAUGUAGAAAAUCCAAUCAUCGAGGAUGUCAACCCCAAGAAGUCGAUCAGGAGUGGUGGUGUCACAAUUACAGUGACAGGUCAAAAUCUUAAUUCUGUCAAAAAUCCCAAGAUGGUUAUCCUCACAGACAUGGCCACUUUUGAAGGGGACUGUAACCCUGGCAAUGCAGAGAUGUUUACCUGUUUAUCUCCAAUGAUCGACCCCCAAAUAUUCAGCAGUCGCAGACGUCGUGAUGUCUCACUACCAUCAGCGCGCACAUUUCACUACGGAUUCCGUAUGGAUAAUGUCACAGACAUGCUCAACUUGACAAAAUAUGAUGAAAAACAGUUUAAAUCAUUUAGUAUAUAUCCUGAUCCUACGUUUGAACCAUUCCCUGGCAACAAGAUCAAGUCAUUCCAAAAGAAGAACAAUGAGUACUUAACCAUCAGUGGCCAGUAUCUCAGUAGUGGCAUUCGUCAGAGUGAUGUGAUGGUGAAGAUCGGACGAGGAUACUGUAACGUGACAUCAGUUGGGAACCAAUUGACCUGCCAACCCCCGAAAUCACAGCCUCAGUCUGACAAGGGAAAUCGUUACCCGGAAGUAGAAAUCUACAUCGGACACAAUCUGACUAUUUUCAUUGGCUACCUGAAGUAUGAGGAGGCUAAGUUUCCCCUGCCCCUGGAGUACAUCAUCCUGAUAUCAGCUGGUGGAGGAGUCCUCCUCAUCUCCAUCAUAGUGGUCAUCAUCAUGUACCGCUUCAAGUCCAAGAAGAAUGACAGUAUGAUGAAGAAGAUGCAGAUACAGAUGGACAACCUGGAGGCCAAGGUCGCCAAAGAGUGUAAAGAAGCAUUUGCGGAGCUGCAGACGGACAUGACAGAGCUGACGUCUGACCUUUACGGCCAGGUAGCCAUUCCAUUCUGGGAUUACAGAACCUACUGCAUGAGGGUACUGUUCCCCAAGCAGGACGCGCUUGACCAGGAUGUUGACCACCCAGUAAUCCGAGACCUUGAGGUUGACUAUGCCAGAAGAGAGAGUGUGGAGAGAGGACUUAAGCAGUUCGCACAGAUGCUCAACAAUAAGACGUUUCUGCUUAUCUUUGUUCGAACCCUUGAGGGACACAAACACUUCACGAUGCGAGACCGUGUCAAUGUUGCUUCUCUCAUCUCUGUUGCUCUACAGACCAAGAUGGAGUAUGCCACUGAUAUACUGAAGACCCUGCUUGCAGAACUGAUCGAAAAAUCUGUUGAAGGCAAAAACCACCCCAAAUUGUUGUUAAGAAGAACUGAAUCAGUAGCUGAGAAGAUGCUCACCAAUUGGUUCACUUUCCUACUGUAUAAGUUCCUAAGGGAAUGUGCAGGAGAACCGUUGUUUAUGCUGUAUCAGGCCAUGAAACAACAGGUGUCAAAGGGACCAGUAGAUAAUGUUACCAGUGAGGCCAGAUACUCUCUCAGUGAGGAUAAGCUCAUCAGGCAACAGAUCGAAUACAAACAAAUGACUGUGUAUGUACAGGACAUGGAACAGUUUGGUCAGCAGCCUCACCCAGUCAAGGUACUGGACUGUGAUACCAUAGCUCAAGUGAAGGAAAAGAUACUAGACGCCAUCUACAAAAACGCUCCAUUCAGUAGUCGGCCUAUAAAGGACGACGUAGAUUUAGUGUUAUUUGAUAAAUCCUCUCCAGAAUGGAACAGCGGGAUUAAGGGGCGUCUAAUUUUACAAGAUGAUGAUGUGUCAACGAAGAUAGAAGGAGAAUAUAAACGCCUCAAUUCCUGCAGCCACUACAAGGUACCUGAUGGUGCAUUCAUGACAUUGGUGCCAAAACAGCCACAGUCCUACUAUAACCUCUCCAUGAACUCAAAUGAUAAAUCUGGGUCCAAGCUGUACAGUGAUCUCAUUUACUCCAGGAGUCCAUCCCUAAACAGAACUCCACAAGGCUUCCAUGCAGACACGGAUGGGAGCGGGUACAAGUACUAUCACCUCGUCAAACAACAUGAUGCAGAGACCCUGAAAGAGGGUGACCGUGGCAGUAAGAUGGUGUCUGAAAUCUAUCUCACCAGACUUCUUGCCACUAAGGGUACCCUUCAACAGUUCGUGGACGACCUGUUUGAGAGGAUAUUCAGUACUAACCAUCGAUGUACUGCCCUUCCUCUUGCCAUUAAAUACAUGUUUGACUUCCUAGACGACCAAGCCCUACAACAUGGUAUACAGGACAUCGAGGUUGUGCACACAUGGAAAUCCAAUAGUCUUCCACUGAGGUUCUGGGUUAACGUGAUAAAGAACCCUAACUUCGUGUUUGAUAUCUAUAAGUCGCCCAUAGUGGAUUCCUGUCUGUCCGUGGUGGCCCAGACAUUCAUGGACAGUUGCUCUAUGUCGGAGCACCGUUUGGGUAAGGACUCGCCGUCCAGCAAACUCCUCUAUGCCAAGGACAUCCCUAAGUAUAAAAAGUGGGUGGAAAGGUACUACCAGGACAUCAAGAUGAUGCCCGCCAUCAGUGACCAGGACAUGACCGCCAUGAUGACCGAUGAAUCCAGGUGUCAUCAUGAUGAGUUUAACACCAACGCAGCCCUCCUCGAGUUAUAUAAAUAUGUACAGAAAUACAAUGAAGAGUUGUGGCAGGCUCUUGAAGAAGAUGAAUUUGCCAAAAAGAACCGCCUGACAUACAAACUUGAGCAGGUCCGAAUGACGAUGGAGGCAGAAGUAUACUGCUGAUACACAUAUCACACUCACAAAGGAGCUUUAAUUUCAUCAUUUAUUACUAUGCAUACUUGGCUUUAAUGCAAACAUUGGUUAGAUGGAGAUCUGACUCUUGUGUUUAGUUUGUUUUGAAGUGCUGCUACUGCUGAUGGUAUAUACCUCUUCAGGUCAAGUUUUCAAGUUUUUUUCCGUCAUUGCACGUCAAGUGCUGUGAAAUAUAUGUUUUUCUAUUCCUCGUCAAUACUUCAGUAAAAGUGAGUGCCAUGUAUCUAGAGGACAUAUACAAGUCAGUGCAUGUGUCUAUGUAGGUGUCUGUAUGUGGCCCCUACAGCCUGACUUGUUCCCUAACAUCCACACUAGACGAAUCUCUGUAUACUGUCCAGAUGUCUGGUACUCGACCAGCUUAUUUCCACAUCUACAUGUAUGUUCAGGACUUGGAAGUUGAUAGGUGAAGUGGCGUUUUUUUUUUUUUUUUUGUGAUAAACUUUGGACUGUCAGAUUGUCCUACUGAUGUGACCAAGAAACAGAUGGACAAACAUCCGUAUGUAUUUGUAUUAUCUGACCUGUUCUGAACAGUGGUUCUGGUUCACAGCAUUGACCCUGGUUCAAAGAACAGAGGAUCUGGUUCAGAAAUGGAGCUGACAGCACAUCCAUGUGUUCACCAACCUACAUAUAAACCUGGUGUAACAAACCAGAUGUCUUUGUAUGUCAUUUUUAUGUGUUUAAUAUAUAUGACUAUUUUUAAGUAUAAAAUUAUCUACUUGUACGUACAUAAUUCAGCUGAUUACAUAUUUUCAUACUUCACCUAGCUGUAGACAGGGAUAACAAGUCAUUUUUCAACUUUAGCCAGAAUUUUGAUAUUUCAUAUUGGAAAAACUAAUAUUUUCUAAAGUUUUCAUAAAUCUAAAAGUUGGUUGUAAACAUAUUUCUUUCAAUUAUGGACUGUUUUGAAUUUUUUUUUGAAAAGGAAUAAUACUUUAAAGAUAUAUAUCAACAUUCACUGUUAUUUUUGAAAAUAUAGAACCGACAUUGACUGUAAUUUUAAAAACCGUAAACAUUUAGCAUAUUUUCAUCGUCAUACUUUGUAUCAAUAUAGCACACCGGCUCAUGUAAAUAUUAAUAUUGCAUUGAUAAUUAGGGCUAUACAUAAUAGGAGAAUUUAGUAGAUAUAGGUUUCUUUGUGCCAAAAAAUAUCAUUAUUCAUACAACCCUCUGCUAACACAUUUCAAACUGAAGAUAUCGUACUUGCCAUAGACUCUAUGCAGACAUGUUAAUCAGCAUGUAUGCUGUCAUUGGUGGUCUUAGAUAUUUUUAAAGUCUGGCCUAGAUUUUAACAAACAACAAGCUUUUAUCAUCUCAAAAUGUGUCCGCCAAAAUGUUAAAAUGUCCAGUAACAUAAGUCUGCUGGGUAAGGUUUGACAUAUACCCAGAUAUUACACCCCUAGAUAACCCACAAGACAUAUACCCAGAUAUUACACCCCUAGAUAACCCACAAGACAUAUACCCAGUUAUUACACCCCUAGAUAACCCACAAGACAUAUACCCAGAUAUAACACCCUUAGAUAACCCAUCAGACAUAUACCCAGAUAUUUACACCCUUAGAUUACCCACCAGACAUAUACCAGAUAUUACACCCCUAGAUAACCCACAAGACAUAUACCCAGAUAUAACACCCUUAGAUAACCCAUCAGACAUAUACCCAGAUAUUACACCCUGUAUUACCCACCAGACAUAUACCAGAUAUUACACCCUUAGAUUACCCACCAGACAUAUACCCAGAUAUUACACCCUUAGAUAACCCAACAGACAUAUACCAGAUAUUACACCCUGUAUUACCCACCAGACAUAUACCAGAUAUUACACCCUGUAUUACCCACCAGACAUAUACCAGAUAUUACACCCUGUAUUACCCACCAGACAUAUACCCAGAUAUUACACCCUGUAUUACCCACCAGACAUAUACCCAGAUAUUACACCCUGUAUUACCCACCAGACAUAUACCCAGAUAUUACACCCUGUAUUACCCACCAGACAUAUACCAGAUAUUACACCCUGUAUUACCCACCAGACAUAUACCCAGAUAUUACACCCUUAGAUAACCCACCAGACAUAUACCAGAUAUUACACCCUUAGAUAACCCACAAGACAUAUACCCAGAUAUUACACCCUUAGAUAACCCACCAGACAUAUACCCAGAUAUUACACCCUUAGAUAACCCACCAGACAUAUACCCAGAUAUUACACCCUUAGAUAACCCACCAGACAUAUACCCAGAUAUUACACCCUUAGAUAACCCACCAGACAUAUACCAGAUAUUACACCCUUAGAUAACCCACCAGACAUAUAC